AGCAAAAAUUGUGCAGAGGAAACUCCAUGUUGUAACAAAGUUUCCUCCGCGGCGCCGCUCCGCUCGCUCCCUCCGGCUCCCUCCGGCUCCCGCUCGCCCCCCCGCCCCCCCCCCCGGGCCGCUUUUGCCCCCCCCUCCCUCCAUCCCCCCCUCGCUCCGGGGGGGGGGCCGAGCCGGGGGGGGCCGGUGCGACCCCCCCCCCCCCGCGGGCCCAUGGACCACCCGUCCGUCAUCACCCAGGUCAGCAAGGAGGAGGCGGCCGCCCCGCUGCAGGAGAAAGGUGCCCAGAGCCCGUCAUCUGCCAAGAAGCCGCGGAGCCGCAGCAUCCUCCAGUCCCUCUUCUGCUGCCUGUGCCACGAUGACGCGGAGCCCUUCUCCGUCAACAACAACGCCCCGCUGCUGGUGGAGGAGAAUGGCACCGUGCCCAAGGCUGCCGCCAAACACCUCCUGCCCGAGAUCAAGCCGCAGGACGCCAGCAAGCUGUGCGUGGUCAUCGACCUGGACGAGACGCUGGUGCACAGCUCCUUUAAGCCGGUGAACAACGCUGACUUCAUCAUUCCUGUGGAAAUCGAUGGCAUCAUGCACCAGGUGUACGUGCUGAAGCGGCCGCAUGUGGACGAGUUCCUGCAGCGCAUGGGUGAGCUGUUCGAGUGCGUGCUCUUCACCGCCAGCCUGGCCAAGUACGCAGACCCUGUGGCCGACCUGCUGGAUAAAUGGGGAGCUUUCCGGGCCCGGCUUUUCCGGGAAUCCUGCGUCUUCCACCGGGGCAAUUACGUGAAGGACCUGAGCCGCCUGGGCCGUGACCUGCGCCGAAUCAUCAUCGUGGACAACUCACCCGCCUCCUACAUCUUCCACCCUGACAACGCUGUGCCGGUGGCCUCGUGGUUUGAUAACAUGGCAGACACGGAGCUGCUAGACCUGCUGCCCUUCUUCGAGAGGCUCAGCAAAGUGGACGACGUUUACACAGUGCUCAAGAAACACCGGACUAACAGCUAGUGUGCCCCGGGCGCCCACCCGCCCGCGCCCCUGGGCUGUCCCGGGGCUCGGCGCCGUGCCAGUGGCAGUGCCAGCAGGACGCCAGCACCAGACUCCUGCCCGCCGGGCGCUGACGGUUUUUCCUGCGCCGGGGGGGCAUCGUGGUGGCAACUGAGUGCCUUACUGGGGGGGGAUCCCGGAGUGUUCCCCCUUGUCCCUGGGCCUGCUGGGCGCGGGUGUCCCGGCCCCCAACCUGCCUGCUGGUGUUGGGAGCAGACGGGGCAGCUGUGCCCCUGCCAUGGGAACUGGGUGCCCUCUGCUUGGGUGCCCCCCCCCAAAGGGUGGCCUAUGGGUGACCCGUUGCCUUGCAGUGCUGGGGACCUGCUGGGGUGUGGGGGUUUCUGUCCACCUCCCCAGCUUUUGUCCCCUCUCCCCAAAACGGUUCUCAGGUCCUUUUCUCCUCCAUGUCCCCCAGAGUGGGGAGAGGGGGGUCAGCAACUGCUGCUUUCCACUGCCUUUUAGGGGGAUGAACCCCCCAUCUGGGUUCUGCCUGCUAGGCGGGCUGGCAGCCCUCGGCCCCUAUCCACAGGGACCCACAGUAAGGGCUAACCCCCUACCACUCCCCUCCCAAAAAGAAAAGGGGGUCCCAUUAGUCUUGGAGCAUGGGGGCCACCUCCAUACCCUUAAUUCUGCCCUUGUGCAGCUGAUCACCUCUGGAGGGGGCAACAUCUGUACCCCUUCCUCGUGCCUUCCAGUGCCCCCCACUCCAGGGGCAAGUUUUGGGGGGCGGCCCAGCCUCAGGGCUAACCCCCUGGCUGUAAAUGCCCCCCAGUGUGCCUUGGGACGCUGAGUCUCCACGACUCCCCUGCAGUCCUACAAGGGCUGUGCCAAGAGGGAUCCUUAAAUCCGCCCCCUCCAGCCUCAAUUUAUUUCUGAGGGGGGAGGUUGGCUGCCUCCCCCAGCUCCCACUAAUGCUGUGUUAAUGGGAGCCCUCCAUGUCCCUAAUGAGGGUGUCCCCUGCCCUGCCGUGGGGGGGACACCCCAAUACAAGCCUUAGUGUGCCCUCCCCAAUCUCCUCCCCAGCCUUACACCAGCCCUGGCCCCCCUUCCAGCAGCCUGGGCUCACCCCUGUGGGGCUGAGCCCUUACCAGGGUGCCCCCUAGUUUUGGGGGCUGGGGCUCUCAGGGAAGGGAUUUUUGGGGGGGGGCUGAGUUCAGCCAGGUGCAUUUUAGAUACAGACAGUGUCUCUAUAUUUUUAGGGGGAAAAACAACGGUUUCCUGAAAAGUCACAGGUGCCUUUUUACCGCUGUGCCAGGGAGAGAGGAGGGCAGUGCGGCGGGGGGGGGGGGGUUGGUUGGCCGAGGGGGGUUUUAGCUCUGUUGCUGUCUGCCCAGCUCCCGCGGGUGCUGCCCUUCUCCAAACGCUGGGUGCUGGGCCAGCCGCCCCUGCGCAGGGUAGGCAGGGUCCCCCCCGGGGCCUGCCCGUGCCCCCUGCCUCAGCGCCCUGCCCCACGGCCGGGGGCUUGGGGAAGCGGGUGCUGCGGAGCAUCUGUCCCCGGCGACCCCCUCCUGCCUCAGGCCUCGUCCUGCCCCUCCAGGAGGGUCGAACUCAGCACUUUAUUAGACAAGUCAAACGGCACCAGCAGAGCCCGGUGCCCACCCGGGGCCUGGCAAGCACCUACAGGUGCCAUGGCACCCAGGGUGGGGGGUGCCUGAGGGUGUCCCGGCACCGGGUAGCGUUUCGAGAGGGUGGCCAGGUGGUUGUGGUGCCCGGUGGGCGUGUGGCACCGGGGCAGGUGGGGGGCCGGAGAGGGCUGGGGGACCAGAUCAACGUGCCUUUGUGUGAUUAAAGCUGUCCCACCGCCUCGGAAA